AUGGCUUCGAUGAUGCAGGCGCAGAAAGACCUGCGGCGUACAAGUUCGAAGCUGGGGAAACUGGAGUACCAAUCGGUUCCUACGCUCAGCGGAGACGAAGGCGCCAAGAAGCAGAAGAGCGACUUGGAGGGCUUCGCCGCAAUCUUUGGUGACAACAAGAUCCUGUCUAGCCUGCUGCUGUUUGUUCCACUGGGCUUUGCGGCGCAUCAGAUGGGAUGGAGUGCAAGCUACGUAUUCUCAUUCAACUUCUUUGCAAUUAUACCUCUUGCAUGGCUGAUCGGAAAGGCGACGGAGGAUGUUGCAGCAAGAAUCGGAGAAACAGCCGGCGGCUUGCUGAAUGCAACCUUUGGAAACGUCGUCGAGAUGCUGCUUUGCAUCGCUGGAAUUCGAAACAACGAGAUUAGCGUUGUCCAGUGCACGCUUCUAGGGUCAAUUCUGAGCAACCUCCUCCUAGUUAUGGGAUGCGCUUUCCUGUUUGGCGGCUUGUACUUCCCCAUUCAGCGGUACAACCAGGCUGGCGCGGCUACUCAGUGUUCUUUGAUGGCCUUGAGUGUUUUUGCAAUUGGCCUGCCAACAAUCUAUGUGAACGUGCUGAAGCAGGAGUCCGAAUGGGAGCACAUGGUGGAGGUCUCCCGAUGGGCAUCGGUAUUCCUGCUGGGGGUGUACUUCGCGUACCUCGUCUUCCAACUGAAAACGCAUGCAAGCCUCUUUCAG